AUGAUAAUAUUAUUCAUUUUUUUCAUAUCAUUAAUUGAAAAUGGACAUGCAUUAGAAAGUGCAUUUGAAAGAAUAUGUGAUGGAAAAGCUGAUGCAGUAUUUUUAUGGGUAAAUGGAACUUCACCUCAUCACUUAGAAGAAAUGAGUAAAUAUGGAAGAACUAAAAUAGGUGGAUUAUACAAAGACUAUGGAACAAUAAGAUUUGGAUUAAGAUCUAUUAUUGAAUAUGCACCAUGGAUCAAUAGAAUAUUUCUUGUAACUGAUGGUGAAAUACCUGAAUAUCUUGAUAUUGAAAAGGGAAAAGAAUCAAACCCACAACUUAUUCUUAUUUCUCAUAGAGAUAUUAUGAAUCAAUCAAUCUUACCAACAUUUGACAGUAAUGUUAUUGAGAGUUAUAUUCAUCAUAUACCUGGGAUUAGUAAAUGUAUUUUAUAUUUAAAUGAUGAUAUGAUACUAGGUAAACCUCUUAAACCAGAAUUUUUUAUUUCAAAAGAUUCAAAAUUAAGAGUUUAUCAUAAUGGAUUUGUAGCACCAAAUAUUGAAGGAGAAAAAAGAUCAAUUUGGCAUAGAUCAGUUAGUCAUACUAAUACACUUGUUAAUCAAAAAUUUAAAAAUGGAGAAGUUAUUAAACAUCCAUAUCCUGCACAUCAUUGUUAUUUUAUGUUAACAAAUACAUUAAAUGAAAUGGAAGAAAUUUGGAUAGAGAAUUAUACUGAAUCAAGAGAAAAUAAAUUUAGAAAAGCAAAUGAUAUUGUUAUUUCAUUUCUUCAUGCAGCAACAAUUGUUGAACAACAUAAAGGAGAAUAUGUUAAACAAAAAAAUAAUUUUUAUUUUAGUUGGUGGGGAGGAAAUCAUACAUUAAAUUCUCAAACAAUGGAUAGAAUUGCAACAAAAAAUUAUUAUUGUAUUUGUCUUAAUGAUGCUAUUGCAAAUGAACCAAACGCUGAUCAAGAAAUCGAUUAUUUAUAUCAAAGGUAUUCAGAAAUUUUACCUCGUCCUUGUCCAUUUGAAAAGUUUUAA